UGAAAUUUUCCUCAUAUAUCAAAAAUUACAUUUAAAAUUAUUGAAAAAAUGCUUAAAUUACAAAACAGUGCAAUUUGUGUUUAAAAACUUUUUGAAUUUUUAUUGAACUUUAAAAAUACAUAAUAUUGUUUAUAGUAGUAAGUAGAAAACUGAAGAGCAAAUUGGCCCCACUUUAACUGAACUAGUUUUUUUGGGAAUACAUAAUUUUGAAGUUGAACAUUUUCAUAAUGAACAUAAAAUAGUGUAUAGCAAAACCUAAUAUAAACUGGACUUUUAUAUCAUAAAAUAAAAAUAAAAAUUUAAAGUAUUCUUAUAUAAUAGUGAGAACAUAUAUCUGUAUGCACAUAUGUAUAUAUAUACAAAUAAAAAACUUGAAACAUUAAAUUUGUAAUUAAUUGUGAAUUUUAAAAAUGGACGCCGGUGACAGCGAUGACGACUAUAAAACUUCACAAUCAAAUAAACGACAAAAACCUAAUACGAGGCUAAGCUCUUCUAGCAGAUUAAAUAACAUGGGACCAUCCACAUCUGGAAAUAGCUCCCGAAAACGCAGAAUUGUUAUGAGCAUUCACUAUGACGAUUCUGAUGAAAGCGAAAAUUUUACUGGUGAAGAUGUAAGUGAUGGCGAAGAAUUUAGACCAUCAACCAGUGCAAGAUUCAAACGUGUUAAUAAAAAAAUUUUAGAUUCGUCAUCAGAUAGCGAUUCUUCAAAUGAUUCGGAGAUAACGCGAAAAAAAGUUACGGUACGCGGUCGCAACUUUAAAAAAUCGGUAAUACCCGAAGAAGACAAAGAUGAAUUAGCGCCUUCAACUUCGGCUAGUAACAGUAAUGUUUUGAAACAAGAUGAAGAAGGUUUCAGUUCUGACAAUAGUGAUUCCUUGGAAAAGUGUCCAAUCUGUUUAAUAUCUUUUCGAGAACAGGAAAUUGGUGUACCAUCUGUUUGUGAACAUAACUUUUGUGCACCAUGUAUUGAGGAAUGGUCCAAAAAUGUGCAAACAUGUCCAAUUGAUCGGAAGGAUUUUUCUGCUAUUUUAGUGCGUAAAAAUUAUGAAAGUACUGAAGUUAUAAGAGAAAUUAAAAUAAAAUCAGUUGUUACUGAUAAAACGGAGGAGGAAGAAAAUUUGGAAAAUGAAGAGCUUACAUACUGUGAGGUAUGCAGUAGAUCUUCGAAUGAAGAUAUUUUAUUAUUAUGUGAUGGCUGCAAUUUGGGGUAUCAUACAUUUUGUUUGGAUCCACCACUGGAUUCUGUGCCUGAGGGUUCUUGGUAUUGUGACAACUGUUUUGACACAGAAGAUGAUAAUGAUUUAGCUCUAGAUGAGUUAGAUGCACUAUACGAAGAUUUACGAACUUUGGGAAUACCCGAAACUAGGGUUAGAAUAUCAGAGUAUAGACAGCCAAGAAUAAUAAGAACAAGACAAAGUGAACGAAUUAGAGCUAGUAUAUUGUCUAGACGACGGCCUGGAAGUUCUAGUAAUACACUAAGAGAGCCAAGAGACCGAUCGGUUGGAGAGGAACUACGGAUGCAAUUAGAAAACGAUCAAAUAACUACAACUACCACUACUACUACAACAACUACUCAGCGAACCACAACUGUGUCGAGAACUAAAAAUAGGAAGAAAAGAUCACGUAGAAAACGAAGAAAGAGAACAUAUGUUGUUGAAUAUGAUAUUGAUAAUUUCGAUGAAAAAUUCGCUAUUAAAACUACAAAAAGACAUCUCAGAAAACGUAGGGCUAGGAAACGUAAACAACGUAAGAUCAAAGAAUCAAGGCUUAGUAGAGCUGAAUAUUCUAGUAGGCGUAUGGCGGAGCAAUUUGGUGUAGUACCACUUACUAGAGAAGAGAGACCAAUUGAUCAAGGGCAAAAUUUCUCAUUAUUUGGUAAUUCAAAUGCGUUGGAAUACUUUUCUGAUUCCGAUGGGGAAAAUGCAGACAUUCAAUUUGAUUAUAAUGACGGAGAUACUGCAAUACAGACAGCAGUUCGAAGACAUAUGUUUGGGGAUUCACUACUUAGAAGACGCAAGAAUGUUAUUGAAAAUGUUGAAGCUGGUCUUGCUACAGGUCCAGUUGACUUACUUUCAAAUAUAUUGGAUAUGCAGGAUCGAUUUCAUAAUGCAACAAAAUCAAAUCAUAUUAAUAAUUUAAAAGUCGGUUCGGAUGGAAAAUUUCAAUUUAACGAUAAAACUUUGGCAAAUUUAAAACCAGAUAUACAUAGCUCGUCACAUCUACGAAAAAGAACAGAAGCCAAAAGUUCAAACACAUUAAAUGAUAUUACACCUAGAAAUAGUAACAGCAUAGAAAGCUGUUGGAAUACUGUUAACAGGGAAACCAAUUAUGAUAACAAUAAUAAUAAUAAAAAUAAUAAUAAUAAUAAUGGUAAUAAUAAUAUCAAUGAGAAUCAGGUAGCUCCACCUGGCGAAAUAACACAAGCUCCCAUGUACAAUAGAGGAGGAGGUCAAAAUGCAGGUGGUGGGAAUUUCAAUAACCGGUUUAACAACCAAGCCAAUUAUCGAAAUUCUGGAAGCAGUUCUAAUUCCUCUGGAUAUCGUCAUUCUACUGGAGGUAUGUCUAACUUUUCGAGCUCCAACGGAAACUUUUCCAACAACAACAGUUUUAAUAAUAGAAGAGAUAGUUUUGGAGGGUCAAAUUUUAGUCAAACUUCAAAUUUUCAACCAUUUAAUCAGAAUAAUCGAUUUAAUAAUCGAAGAAAUCAGCAAAAUCGAAAUAAUAAUAACAGCAAUAAUAGAAAUAAUAACUCUAACAAUAGCAGAAAUAAUAAUUUGAACAUUAACUUAAACAGCUCAAAUGUGUUCGAUAAUAGCGGAGUAUUUGGACAAAAUCGUGCACAAAAUUAUGAAAAUGAUAACUACAUCAGUGAAAAUGUGAAUGAUUCUUCGAUCUCUAAUCAAAAUGUGGAGAGGAACCGAGAUGAAAGUUUUGUAGAAAAUGAUAAUGAUGAAAACUUUGGAACUGUAGGUACACAAGCAGUUAAACAACCAUCAACCAUUGAUGAUUUGAGAGCCGCGCUUGUGGCACCUCCGCCUCCACCACCACCGGUUCCAAAUAACAACAGUAUGUCUAAUGAAGUUAGUUCAGCUUCUACUUCAGUAUAUGUUGGAAUAAGUUGUCCACCACCCCCAGCUCCACCACCCCCUCUUCCACCGCAUUUAUUGUUACCACCUCCAAUUAUACCGGGCUCUUCUAUGACUACCUUACUUCCUCCUUCGAUAUCAACAGGAAUACCGCCCCCAGGAAUGUUUGGUGAACCACAAAUUAACCCAGGAAUGCUCAAUACGCAAGUUCCUCCACCGCCAGUUGUAGUUACACCACAAAUAAUAGGACCGAAAGUGCCACCACCAGUUAUAGGUCCUCAAUUGCCAUCUACUUUAAAUAAUGCAGAAAUUACAACCCCUACUAUAAUUGGACCACAGUUGCCAUCACCUAUGAUUGGCCCACAACUUCCAAAUUCCAGUUCUGAGGGAUCACGAUUGAAUUCCUCAAAUGGUAACUGGAGCCAAAGUUUACAUCGACUUGCUGGUGAUUAUGGCGGUGAUGAUAGUGAUAAUGAUGAUGAUGAUAAAGAUGAUCAUUGUCCAAACUUUUCAAUUUAUUCAGCUGAAUCCUUUCAAGUUGCAAAUCAAAAGAAUAGCGAGAAUAUGAAAAAUGCGGAACAGGUCGAUGAUAUACCCCACGAAACUGAAGAUCUAGUGCAACUGGGUGACGAUGAUGAUAUACCAGAUUCUAUUGAUUCUGCGUCAAAAAAACAAUCAGAUGAUCAAGUGAAUAUUUCAAAACAGAAUGAAUCAGCAAUAUAUGAACCAGAUGAUCCAACUGGUGAAGACGAAGAAAUUUUUGAUGAAACAAAUAAUGAAGAAAAUAAUGUAGAAGAAAAUGUUGAGGAAAAUACCAAUGAAGACGAAGAUAAAAGUGACAAAGAAUCUAAAGAGAAUGAAAAUCAAAAUGCGACUUGUUUAUCAAAUAAUGAAAGCGUAGAAACAGAUCAAGCUAACAAUGAAUCUGGCGCCACAAGUGUCAACAGUCCAUCAAAAAAGAAAAACGUUCUUGAUUUAUACGACAGCGAUUGGGAAGAAUUAAAUAUUACUAAAAAUCCUGAGACGGAGAAAAAUGAUAAAGGAAAAAGUAAAGAUUCUGAUCAAAAUGAUACGCAAUUAGAGGACGAAAAUGAUGAUUUUAAAAAUAUUAAUGAGCAAAAUGAUGAAGAAAUUGAUCGUUCAUAUACACCCUGUUUAGAUGAAAAAAAUGAGGAUGAAAUUUUAAAUGAAUCUGUUGAAAAUCAAAACGACAAUGAAAAGCAAUUUACACCGAAACAAUCUGAAACAGAAAAUGAAAAUCAUACACCUGAAAAUGUUGAAGUGAGUAAGAAUAAAAAUAAGACAGACAAACCUGAAAUAGAUACUGAAUUAAUUAUAUCUGAUGAAGAAGAAUUGGGUAAUGACCAACAUGUUGGUAUAGGAAAAAAGAAAAUUAAUUCGAAUAAAAGAUCAAAUGUGAAACAAAUUAAACGCAAUGAGUCUUUCAAAAAGUUAAAAAAUCAAAGAGAUAGAAAUUAUCGUGGCGAAAUUCUAAAUAAGAAUAAAAGGAAAACUCGGUCAAGGUCUAGAAAUAACUCUCGAAGUAGAUCUAGAGGAAAAGAAAACCGGAAAUUCAAUGAAAAUAGAAAUCGUCGCAAUAUGUCACCAAUAAGGCGAAAUCGUUUGAAGCGUAAAGAAAUCGAAAGAUAUAAUGUUCGGGACAUUAUUGGGACGCAAAGUCGACCUGUUAAAGAUAGAUUUGGAAGAGAUACUUCUAGAAGGCCAAGAAGUGCAAAUCGUAGUCGAUCCAGAAGUUUUCGACGGAAUCGAUCCAGAUCCCGUUCAGUCAGAACAAGAUCACAGUCAAAAUCAAUAUCUAGAUCAAUUUCAAAAUCAGGAUCAAGAACAGUUUCAAAAUCUAGAUCAAGAACAACAUCUCCAUCAAAAACCAGAUCCACGUCAAGAUCGCGAUCAAACUCUAGACCAAAAUCUCCUAGAAGAGGUCGUAGACUCUCAAGUAUAUCAUUAUCUUUAAGUCCACCACGACCUUCGCCACCACCUCCAAGGCGCCGUCGAAACUCAAGAUCACCGCGAGUAAGACCUAUUCGCAGACGAUCACGUACACCACUGAGAAUGUGCUCUCGUUCAAAUAGUGCACCUCGUGGACGGCGUCCUAUGAAUAACUUCGAAAUUUCUCCUCCUAGAAGGCCAAAUCGCCGUAAAUCAAUGUCUUACUCGCCGUUACCAAAACAUUAUACGCCUCAAAUACAGAGUGUCUCUCCCGAAUACAGAAAGCUGAACAAAAGAAAGCGUAAAAAUAAGAGAAAACGUAAACGCAAUGCAGAACAAAAUGAAGAAAUUGAGUCUCCUCCGCCACAAGAUAUAAGAGAAUUUACUCCAGAAUUUUCAAUUCAGGGUCCACGUGGCAGAAAACGUCAACGUAAUCAAAUUAUUUCAGAAAGAUGGUCACCAAGCCCAGAUUAUGUAGUUCCUCACCAACAUGAAGAUGUUAUUGAAAACGGAAAUGAUCAAUCUUGGACGCCACCACCCCUUUCUCCAAAUCAUGGAGGUUUGACAGUAAUGAUAAAAAAUAAAAAUUCUAAGAAGAAACGAGACAAAAAGAAAAAAGCUGAAAAAUUGAAAUUGCAAAAUAAAAAGGACAAGCGGAAACGGAAAGAUAGUCCAGUUGCACCAUCAAAGGAAGUAUUUGCUUCCGGUGAUAACAUUUUAGUAAGCGUAAGCUUUAAUAAAGAUGGGACACAGCAACAACCUCAACAAACAACAGUGGUUACUUUACCACCUACGAGGGAAGAAAUAGUAUCAUCAGCAAGACGUAUUGGUUCUCCUAUGAGAGAUGGAACCGGAAGAAAAAAGAAAAAAGAUAAAGGUGUAAAACAAAACGAGCGGCAGAAGAAGCGGAGAAAAAUUGAUGCUAAACCAGUAGUUAUAAUUGAUUUAGACCGAUCACCAUUCCAAGUUAUUCAAUCUCCUAAAGAUGUAAUUGUACUAACUGAUAGCGAUAAUGAAACUCAGCGGGUAGAUCCCCGUAGGCAAAUAAAUUCUUUAACAACAGGCCAACACGAAAAUGAUAGAAAUGAUGUUAUGAAUGGUAUGUCUUCAGAUGCUGAAAUAGAAAUAUACCAUAGACGUCGUAAUGAUGAAAUUGUUCAUGUUUCACCUACUCGAUCGGUUGAUAUCGGCCUAAAUUCAAGUGGUAACUUGCAUGAUAUGAUUAAUGAUUCAUAUGAACAAAUUGGGGGCCCUAAAACACCACCCGAACCACCAUUGAUUAAGUUUUCUUUAGCUGGCAAAAAACAACUUAGAAAUAGAAAUCCUCUUCAUGAAGAACAUAUGGAUAUUGAACAAGAUCAACAAGAUCAAUUAGCUCAAUUAUCAGAAAACAACCUAGACGAGUUAAGUCAACAAAUAAACAAGCAAAUCGAAUUAGAACAACAACAAGAACAGCAACAAAAUAUGAAUAAAAUUGGUCCGAAUACGCCGCCAGAUUCUGGCCCUCGAUCCCCUGAUGUUUAUGAUCCAUUUGAUCCUACAAAGUCUCCUUCGGAAACAUCGUCGCCAUUAAGGCAAGAUUCUGUGGAUCAUCACAUACACACCACAAUGGCAGAUAAAAAUAUGAAUAUUAAUAAUGAAACAGUAGACGAUGAUAAUAUUAGGGACAAUCCAUCUGAUUUGGUUAUGUCUUUAAUGAGUAAUAGUGGAGUUCCACAACAAUCGCAAGAGCUGGUUCAAACACAGCAGAAACUUGAUAAUGACAAUCUAACUGAUGAAAUGCCAGCUAAAACAAUAAGUGUUUCAGUAUUAUCAAAUAUUGUUAUUAACCCAGUAAAAAUAACAAAUACCAGUAUACCAUUUAUUUCGAGUCCAACUCAAACUAAUCCAGUUGGUAUUUCACAGCAACAACAGAAUAAAACAUCACAAAUUUCAAAAUCCACAAAACAACGCCUAAAUGAUGAAAAUAAUGUUGCAAAUACAAUUGUUGCUAACUUAUUAAAUGAAAUUGAAAGUCCGUAUUCACCUGGGUCGGCUGAUUUCGAUGACUUGUUUGAACCACCUCCAGAACCUCCUCUUCGUCAAAGUAGAAACACUAAGACUAAAGCGGCACAAAAAGUUAUGUCUGGCAGUGGUGGUGCAGGUACUGGUGAUGUUUUUGAUAAUUUGUUCGGUAGUACUUCUCCGAUUCCAGUCAGUGGUGCUGGUUAUUCAAGAUUACCAGGUUAUAAACCAAGUUAUAAACCUUCCAACACAAAGAAACAGCGAUAUCAUAACGUUAAAAAGACUUCAGUUAAAGUUGCAAAGGUACCAGGAAAACCAAAUGAAGAGGACAACAUCAAAAUAUAUGAUGAUCUUCCAAGUUCUGCUGUUGAGUUAAUUGUGAAAGAUAAGUUCUUAAGGAAGUUAAAUAGACAAGAACGUGUGGUUGAUGAAGUUAAACUAGUACUAAAACCGCAUUAUAAUAGGAAGCAUAUUAAUAAAGAGGAUUACAAAGAAAUAUUAAGACGAUCUGUACCAAAGAUUUGUCACAGUAAAUCUGGAGAAAUAAAUCCUCAUAAAAUCAAAAAUCUGAUUGAAGCGUAUGUUAAGAAAUUCCGACAGAAAAAUAAACAGCUAGGUAUUUUAAAUUCAAGACAAGUGAGCAGUGAUGUUAAAUGUGUUGCUUACUUAAAAAAAUUAUGAUCAGAAU